AUGCUGUUGUCGCGGGCGCUGCCUCCGCAGUUCUUGUUGCCAGCAUGGAAUGUGCAGCAAUUGGCUCUGGCGUUCCAGCAGCGGGCUCACAAAUCGGAUAGCGCAACGGAGAAACCUCAAAGUAGAGCAGCGCCAAACGCAUUCUCACUAUUUGAGGAACUGUUUCCAGAGGAGGACAAGGCAAGGCCGAAGAGCUCAGAUAAGAAGGCGGACAAGUUGCCUUCUUUUGGCUGGAAAGGACUCAAAGCGGCAGUUCCAGACGUCGCAAGAAAUGAUAGGAACAGGGCGAGCCGAUCAAUACUGCUGCGGCAAGACGAUGAAUUUGUACCCCAACAGUCACCAGAGUCCCAGCGGGUGGAAGGAAGCGGUGGAAUGCAGAGGACGAAGGCUAGCGUGCUGGUGCUGAAUUGUGCUAUGAAUUCGCUCGAAGAGAGUGAUUUCUUCCGAGUGAACCCGAGAGGGGAGCACAUUGAAGGCUGGACAAGUGGAAUUAUCAAAGUUAUCCCCGGUCGAGAUAACCAUACGCUCCGACCACUUGACCACUACUUCAUCCUAUUUUCGAGCGACGCGAGCGCCCGCGCAUAUCUCGACAACACCUUCCGAUUGCACCGUUUAGCCAAAGCAAACAGUCGCUGGGGAUCAUCAGGAGUGGUGGGUCUCCCUCUCCCGCCCGGAUUUUUGAAGGAAGGCGAAGAUCUGGAGAAGAUAAUCAAGGGUUUCUCACUCGUACCGGCAUAUACCAGGCUCGCGUUACGUUUGAUUGACAAAUCCUAUAAACCGGCCAUGGUCCGGCUGCUCAGUGAUGGAGGACCUGCUGCAAUCGCUAGCAGUAAGAGCAAGGCGGAGAAUAUGGUGCUGUUUCACACGGACGUGAACUAUAUAUCUCAGUUCGAUUUGAAAAAGGCGAUUAUGGAUGACGGGCGGCGAAGGAAUCUGCAUUGGAAACUUGCUGGGAAUGAGAACGAUAUUUUGACGUUGAAAUCUGACAUCGAGGCCGAGGGGGCGUUCGGUGACCCGGACGCAGGCAUUGAUACCAAGCCUUUUCGGCGAGCUGGUAGAUACGUGAUAUCGUUCAGGGACCGUCAUGAGGCUCGCAGAUUUGUACGGGAAUGGCAUCGUCGUGCUUUCCCCUCCCAUCGGCCACAUAGACCAGGCGAUGAGCCGCCCCCUAUAGUCAAUGUAGAGAUAUUAUGGUAG